AUGCAAUUGCAAAUAUUAUGGGAGAAUAUAUACCUUCGACUUCUGCAGUUUGACAAUCCCUGGCUACUCCCGGGUGGAAUAUGUUCUUUGCUGGUCCUAUCAUAUGGGAUAUAUAUGCAAGUUCUCCACCCAUUGGCAAAAUAUCCAGGCCCGCUGCUUGCGUCUCUUACAAAUGGAUGGAAGGCAUACUACGUGUACAGGCUGUUCUUCCAUGAAAAGCUCAUUGAGCUUCAUCAGCAAUAUGGUCCGGUUGUACGGGUAGGCCCGAAUCAUCUUCACAUAUGGGAUGGCAACGCCAUUGCUCCUCUAUACAAAGGAGGUCGCUCAAUGGGAAAGUCCGAGUUUUAUGAUGCGUUUACGGCUUUCAACCCCAAUCUGUUUGGGACUACGAAUGACGACAUCCACUCCCUCCGUCGACGACAGCUCGCUCAUGGGUUCUCUCAAGCUUCUGUUGUGAACUUGGAGCCUUUGAUUGAAGCUGAGUUGAAAUUCCUUAAGAAUAGACUACGCACAUUUGCACAGACCGAGCAGACCUUUGACCUGAAACUACUGCUCUCGCUCUACGUUUUUGAUAUUCUGGGCUCCGUUGCAUUUGGCAGACCAUUUGGUGCUCAAGAGAGAGGCUAUGAGGAAGUAUUGCCCGCUAUUAAUGACCAUCUACUCUUGGCUGGUAUCGUGGGAGAGCUACCUCUGCAGAACGUCACCAAGACAAUCAGCAGAUGGUCACCAAUUCCCUGGAUGGGAAGAUUAAUGAAGAACCGUGAUGCUCUUAAGAAAGUCUGUGCAGAAUGCGUCAAGUAUAAGAUAAAUAAUCCGGCUGAGAGACAAGAUCUUUUGAAGAGUCUGGUUAAAGCUGUAGACCCUGAUACUGGAUCCACCUUGACAGAACAGGAGAUAAACUCUGAAGCCUUUGCAGUUCUUGUUGCCGGAUCGCAUUCGACUUCAGGGACAUUGACUCUCCUUUUCUGGCAUCUUCUUCAGAAUCCGGAUACACUGGCUGCCGUGGUAGACGAAAUUGAGUCUACUCUACCUCCUCUUGCCGAUGAUCAAAUAUCCUAUCCUAUCCAGGGUCUGGAAUCAUCGUUGAGUUAUCUCAUGGCCUGCGUUCGAGAGAACUUCCGGAUAAACCCCGUGUUCACCAUGCCCUUGUGGCGCCAUGUUGGCCGUCCCGGUGGCAUUGAAAUAGGAACAUACCAUAUUCCACACGGGACCAACAUCUGCAUUUCAAACUACGUCCUCCACCACAACCCCGCCAUCUGGGGCAACGACCACAACAAAUUCAAUCCAUCCCGAUGGCUCAAUGAAAAGCAAAACAAAGAGCUAUCCCGCUACCUAAUCCCUUUCAGCAUUGGCCAUCGCAUGUGCAUCGGCCGCAACCUCGCCAUGACAAAUAUCCUCAAGACCGUCACAACUCUGCUCUGGGAAUUUGACAUCAAACCGGUAACAAAGCGGCAAACGGUAAGAGUGCGUAGUCCUGGGAUCGGGGAGAUGGAUGGGGAGUUUCUGUGUACGGUUUCGGUACGGGAAUAG